AAUAGCGUCAGCGUGUCACAUGAUUAAGUCACAUGACCACUAAUGCUCAGAAAGUACAGUGCUGCCGCUGCUUAGGAGUGGAUGCUUGUAAACAACCGGAAGAGCGUCUGUUAGACAACCAUAGUUAGGCAGAAAUCCUGUUUAAAAACAUUAGUUAGUAUAUUUCUUGUGCUGUGAAUUAAACUUUUUUUUUUUUAAUGCCGACGGACUCUCCUAGAGAUUUUAAAGCGCUGACAUGGCCGCAGUGGCCGCGAAUAAAGUGAAGCAAGUUUGUCCUGAAGAGGACAGACUACUGUGUCCGGUAACUCACUGUGGUUCAAUUGACUGCAGGGAUGAAUACAACAACCCCAGAUCGACCCCGGUAUCGGAUGAUUGGAUACGUGUGGACCAGGAAGAGGAAGCUUUGCGCAGGAAGUUAAAAUAUUUCUUCAUGAGCCCCUGUGAAAAGUACCAAGCCAAAGGAAGAAAACCAUUUAAACUGGUUCUGCAAAUACUGAAAGUUGUUCUAGUAACUGUACAGCUGGUGCUUUUUGGUUUAAGCAACGAGAUGGCGGUGACGUUUAAGGAGGAGAACACGGCCUCAUUUAAACACAUCUUCCUUAAAGAUUAUGAUGAUUCAGAUGACGCACUUGCAGUUUACACACAGAGUGAUGUGUAUGAUCACAUAUUCUACACCGUAGAACAGUAUCUGGCUUUGCCGGAGAGGACAGUGGGCCGCUAUGCAUAUGUGUACGAUGUUGGUGUGAAUGGGAGCGCGCUGUCUCUCUGUCAACAGUAUUAUAAAAAGGGCAGGAUUGACCCAGCUAAUGACACCUUCAUCAUUGACCCACAUGUGGUCACAGACUGUAUUGGUGUGAACCCUUUGUCUACUCCCACAGCAGGUCUGGGCCGUGAUUAUAGGAAUUUGACCCUUAAAUUUCACAAGCUAAUUAAUGUCACCAUACAGUUCCAGCUGAAGGCCAUAAAUCUUCAGACCAUCAUACAUAAUGAAAUUCCAGACUGUUACACUUUCUUCAUCACGAUUUUGCUGGAUAACAAAGCCCACAGUGGUAAAGUUAAGAUCAGUCUGGAAAAUCGGGCCUCCAUUAAGGAAUGUAGAGACCCAAGUGUUUCUGGACACGCUGAUAGCUAUGCUCGUGUGUGGUUUGAUGUGGCUGUUGCAGUUGUUUGUACUCUUUCUCUGAUCCUCUGUGGUCGCUCUAUCCUCAGAGGCAUUGUCCUUCAAAAUGAGUUUGUGAAGUACUUUAAGAGCUCUUUGAAACGUGAUGUCUGUUGGGGAGACAGAAUGGAGUUCAUUAACGGUUGGUAUAUUCUGCUCAUCAUUAGUGAUGUGCUCACAAUCACAGGCUCCAUCAUCAAGAUCGGUAUUGAGCUUAAGAACCUCUCAUCCUACGACGAGUGUGGGAUCCUCUUGGGCACAUCAACGUUAUUGGUUUGGGUCGGAGUUAUUCGUUACCUCACCUUCUUUCAGAAGUACAAUAUUCUCAUCGUCACAUUAAGAGCUGCAUUCCCGAAUGUGAUCCGCUUUUGUUGCUGUGUUGCGGUGAUCUACCUUGGCUAUUGCUUCUGUGGGUGGAUUGUGCUGGGACCCUACCAUGUUAAGUUCCGCUCCCUGUCGCUGGUAUCUGAGUGUCUGUUUUCUCUGAUCAAUGGAGAUGACAUGUUCGUGACCUUUAGUGGCAUGCAAGAAAGCAGCAUGCUCGUUUGGGUCUUCAGUCAGGUUUAUCUGUACACGUUCAUCUCUCUAUUCAUUUACAUGGUGCUCUCGCUCUUUAUUGCGCUCAUCACUGGAGCUUAUGAGACCAUUAAGCAUCAAACUCAGGAGCCCUUCCAUAUCACUGACAUGCACGCAUUCAUCGCUGAGUGCAAGGACACGCCCUGCUCUGGAAAGUUCCGUGGAAUCGAGACCUCGCCGUGCUCUUUCUUCUGCUGUUGUGACAGAACUACCACAUAUGAAGACGUCCUCCUUGUCAACUAAUGAAGUCAUGAGGCUUGAAUUCUGACAACACCUUCCUCUGCUGGUCACACUGCAGUACUGUGACGUCACUGAAGUUAAUGGCAAAAUGAGGAAAGCUCCAGACAGAUGACCCAGGAAGUCACAGUCACUUUACUUUGGGCCUUAAGUGGAGGAGCACAUUUUAGUUAAACCACAGUCUGACCAAUUUAAAUUUUACCUCAACUUGUUUUUAGUUUUAUUUCAAUUUUAAUCCAAAGGUAGCUGAAGUACCCCAGUACCACUAGAUAGAGAGUACAAGAAACUGCACAUACGCAAAUGUUGUGUACAGUAAUCGUUCUCUGAAUACCGAUCCCAUAAGUCCAUUCAGUGUGUGCUGGGGUGGGUCAUCACUCACAAAUGCUCAGAGACACACUGCCGUCUGCUUAAUGUGUAAUGUCUGCAUCACUCCUCCUAAAUCAGAUGUUUCUAAAAGAGACUGAACAGCUUUGGCCUUGCCAAAGCAUUUAUCAGGUACAAAACUGCUGUAGCAAAAAGAUCAAAGUUUAUUGUGUGUCGUUCUAAUUGUGGGUUAGGUAUGUAAACUUAACUGUGCUUCAUUGUCAGUGUUUGAAAAAGCUUUGGUAAUUAUCAAUAUUAUUCAGCACUUAGAGUAAAACUAGCUCUCCCUAGAGUCAAUAACAAGGGUUUUUGUCUUAUAACCAAUCCUAGUUUAUGGUAAAAAAAAGAGAUGAUCUGACCAUAUGCGUUAGCACUCACAAAUUUUUAAUGUUAACCUUAAUAAUCUAUUGAUGCCAAUUAAUAGCUUUUAUUUUGAGUGUAAUUAAUACCUCAUUGUUGGAUAUGAUGUUGAAUAGCAUGAUAUGCAUAUUUUUGUAUGUCAAAAGAGCUCACAGAGUAAUGACAAAUUUUUUGUGAAUUUUAGGUAGACUGAUGCAUUAUUUUAUAGCUAUAAACCAAUGAAAUCAAAUCACUCUUUUUGCACACAAUAAUGUUGAUUUAUAAAUUAUGUUAGAGAUGUACAAUUAAAUCCUUCUUAAAGGGAUAGUUCACCCAAAAAUUCUCUCAUCAUUUACUCACCCUCAUGCCAUCCCAGAUGUGUAGGACUUACUUUCUUCAGAACACACACAUUUUAUUUUAGAAGAAUAUUUUAGCUCUGUUGGUCCUCACAAUGGAAGUGAAUUGGUGCCAAAAUUUUGAAGCUCCAAAAAUGGUAGGUGUGGGUGAGAAACAGAUUCAUAUUUAAGUCCUUCUUUACAAUACAUUUUUCUCUCUUCCCAGUAGGUGGCGGUAUGCAUGAAGAAUGAGAAAGUGAAAGUGGAGAUUGAUAGGAAAAAAGGAUUUAUACAUUGAUCUGUUUCUCACCCACACCAUAUCACUUCUGAAAAUGUGGAUUUUAACACUGGAGUCUCAUGGAUUACUAUUAUGCUGCCUUAUUGUGCUUUUUGUAGCUUUAAAAUUGUGGUCACUAUUAUCUCGCAUUGAAUAGACCAACAGAGCUGAAAUAUUCUUUGAAAAAUCUUUGUGUUCAGCAGAAGAAAGAAAGUAAUAAACAUCUGGGAUGGCAUGAGUGUGAAGAAAUUAGAGAUUUUGCAUUUUUGGGUGAACUUUCCCUUUAAGUUUUAUUUUAAAAUGGAGGCCUUAAUUGAUCCAAGAACACUUGUAUAAGAUUACUGGCUAGGGCAAAGUGUUCGUCACCAUGGUGAUGUAUUAGAACGAUAGAACUAACCAAGAAUGCUUGACCCAUAUCAUGCAUAAACAGCCUCACUUCAGAAGACAAACAAGCCUAAUUGUAUCUUCUCAAUUACACUUGCCGGAUAAGAGAAGUGUAUAAACAUUGUUUAAAUUUUGGGACUGUGGUGCAAACCAUUUACACAGGCAAAGACUAAGUGGGACCAGUCAUGAUAAGUGAUGCAGUCAUAUACAUGUUUUUAAUUAUUAAUUGUUAUUACAUUGUUGUUUUAAUGUGUUAUUCAAUCAUGUUCUAGAGUAAUGUUUUAUUUAUAUUCUGUCGUCUCUGUUGUUUUGCUGUUUUGAAUGAAUUUAAAGUGCACAUCAGCAAUCAGAGAACACUUAAAACUUUUGAGACUUUCUAAGACUACCAUAUAUGAAGAUAAACAGAUUAAGAAACUGUAUCACACUCAGAGAUCAUGGUACUGUAUAUGUGUUUUAGUUUAUAAAUCCCAGAUUAGACAUGUAUCUGAAAUAUUUCAAUUUCAUUCAUUAGAAGUGGAACGGCAAACAAGAAUCAAUUCAAAUACGUUUUGUUGACCAAGGUGGUGCAAAAAUGCAUUUUGGGUGAAAUGUUGUACAAUAAUGUGCUGUUUACUGUUUGGGAUUUUUGCUCUCCUGUUUUUUAUUUUUUUCCUGUUUAAGUCGUUUUGCAUACUUUUAUAAGUGUCGUACAUUUUUCUGAACCUGUAGGUUUUGACAGGGUGUUUGUGUUUUAUAACACAAUGUUCAUAUGUAUUACUUCAUUCAGUUUGAGAGCUUUUAAAGUCUAUGUUAAUAUAGACACUGUCCUAUUUUUUGGUUAUUGUUCCAAAUUAUGUAUUGAGUAAAUGAGUCAAUACUUAAAAGAAAAGUCUAUCAAUCCAUUUAUUUAUUUAUUAGUAUCUUAUUUGACCACUAGGUGGUACAUUAAGAGCAUUAUUUCACAAAUCUCAACCCUUUCAAAUUCAAUAGCUCUGGCACCUGUUAGUUUAUUUGCUUUAGGUAUGACAAUGGAUUGAAAACAGAUUUAGCAAAUUGUGUUUGUGUGUUUUGGGUGAGUGGCUGUAGGCAUGUAUGUUUGAAUAGCUGGUUUAAGCAGGUGCACAAACCAUUGCUUAAGUCAGGGUACAUGAGAUGGCUAUCUGAAACCACAGAAAUCAAACAGAGCCACACAGCUGUAUAACCCCUCUCAGGUGACCAUUCAGAACUACAAACAACAAUUGCCUGAUUAGCCUUUCACAAACUGAUCUUGCAUAGUGGGGUGGCAGUCUGAAUAUGUGCCACACCUAUAGGUAUUCAAACAGUGAGAGAGAGAUAAGAGGAAGAGAUUUCAUUCAACCAGCUUAAUAAAUCCAUUGUGAGAAUAAACAAAAGGAAAGAUUUUACAACAGCCUACAGUUGUGACCAAAAAUAUUGGCACCCUUGGUAAAUAUGAGCAAAGAAUUCUGUGAAAUAAAAUCU